ACGUCAGUCAACUAUAUACACUCGCUCAACACCAAGACCUUAAUCGUCUCCAUCUUCGAAAUCUCGAACCUAAUCACCCACAUCUAAUACCUCCAAAACAACCAAACACAACCGCCAACAUGCGUUCCACCACCACCCUCCUCCAGGCCCUUUUCGCCACCUCUGCUCUGGCCAUCCAGAUCACCCACCCCGGAAAGAACGACGUCGUCGCCCUCAACUCGGGCGUCCAGGUGACCUGGACCACCGUCAGCACCGACCCCAAGUCCGCUCACUUGGUCCUCGUCAACAUGGCCAGCGGCCACACCCCUUACCAGAAGGACCUCGGUGAGGUUGACCUGACCAAGGGCUCCGUCAUCGUCUCCGAGGACGACGUUCCCAACGACUCGGCCUUCCAGUUCAACCUCCAGUCCGUCGUCAGCCAAAACGCCGGCAUCCUCGCCCAGUCCGAGCAGUUCGAGAACAAGAACGCCCCUGAGGACGACAAGACCACCAAGAGCGCCGCUGCCCAGACCACCGCUGCUGCUUCCACUCUCGUCACCGCUUCCGAGUCUGCUUCCCCUACUGCUGGCGCUUCCGAGUCUGACUCCAAGAGCUCUUCCUCCGCUGUCUCCGUCAGCGGCGCUUCCACCAUGGCUACCGUCACUGGUUCCGCUACCACUACCGCUUCCGGCACUGCUUCCAAGACUGCUGCUCCUACCGGCGCUGCUGGCAAGGUCCAGAGCGGUUCUCUCCUCGCUCUCGCCGUCGGCAUUGCUGCCGUCCUUGCUUAAGCGACCAGCUAGAUUGAGUGGUGUUAGCACCAAAUGACGGGCUGUCAAGUCUAAUGGGAUGUGCGCGGUGGGUGUCACGGAUGAUCAGUCGUCCGUGAUACCCACCUCGUUCAUCCCGCCCGCC